GGCAAUCCAAGUAAAGCUCCUCUGUGGGGCUUACUGAGGCCAAGUACCAACAGGUGCCAGGGCUGAGCUGGCACACAGGAGCUCUGUGGUUAGCCUGGAUGGUGCAGGGACUGAGCAAACAGGGAGCACAAUGGCUGGUGCCUAGCCAGCUGCAUUCCCUGCCCAAGGGGCUGCCUCUGGGCACUGUCUAGGACCUGACAAACUGUCAGGUGGGCACCAUCCCCAAACACGCUUUUUGUAGGACUAUGGGCACAGAAUGGAGGAUGGUGUACUUUAGUGUAAGCCAGAAGGUGCCUGUUUUCCCAGCCAGGGUUCAUGCCAACAGAAAACCCGUGGUCAUGGUCUGCGUGUGCGCCAGAGUAUGGCCAUCACCCUCUCUGAGCUGCAGGUUCCACAUCAUAACAGGAGAUUGGACUAGCCUGUCACCAAGGCUCCCAAGAGCUCUGUGCUAGGUCCCCGUUACAGGGCUUCGUGACGUGUAGGGGAUACAGCUCUCAUGGCUGCAGCCAGUGUGACACCCCCUGGCUCCCUAGACCUGCUGCAGCCUGGCUUCUCCAAGACCCUCCUCGGGACCAAGCUAGAGGCCAAGUAUUUGUGCUCUGCCUGCAGAAAUGUCCUACGGAGGCCCUUCCAGGCCCAGUGUGGCCAUCGCUACUGCUCAUUCUGUCUAACCAGCAUCCUCAGCAGCUCUGGGCCUCAGAAUUGUGCUGCCUGUGUUCAUGAGGGCAUAUAUGAAGAAGGCAUUUCUAUUUUAGAAAGCAGUUCGGCUUUCCCAGAUAAUGCUGCCCGCAGGGAGGUGGAGAGCCUGCCGGCCGUCUGUCCCAAUGAUGGGUGCACUUGGAAGGGGACCCUGAAAGAAUAUGAGAGCUGCCACGAAGGACUCUGCCCCUUCCUCCUGACUGAGUGCCCUGCGUGUAAAGGCCUGGUCCGCCUUGGGGAGAAGGAGCGCCACGCGGAACAGGAAUGCCCAGAGAGGAACCUGAACUGCCAGCACUGCCAGGAGCCCUGUGGCCAUGCUGACCUGGAGGCACACCAUGAAGUCUGCCCCAAGUUCCCUUUGACCUGUGAAGGCUGUGGCAAAAAGAAGAUCCCUCGGGAGAAGUUUCAUGACCACGUCAGGACGUGUGGCAAGUGCCGGGUCCCCUGCAGAUUCCAUUCUGUUGGCUGCCCUGAGAUGAUGGAGGCUGAGGAGCUGCAGGAGCAUGAGGCACAUCAGCUGCGGGAGCAUCUGGCCCUGGUGCUGAGCUCCCUCCUGGAGGCACAGACUCUCCCUGGGGGCCAGAACCAGGUGGGACCACAGCUGCUGCAGCGGUGUCAGACCCUGGAGCAAAAGACGGCCACCUUUGAGAACAUCGUCUGUGUCCUGAACCGAGAGGUGGAGAGGGUGGCUGUGACUGCUGAGGCCUGCAGCCGGCAGCACCGGUUAGACCAGGAUAAGAUUGAAGCCCUGAGUAACAAGGUGCAGCAGCUGGAGAGGAGCAUUGGCCUGAAGGACCUGGCCAUGGCUGACCUGGAGCAGAAGGUCCUGGAGUUGGAGGCAUCCACCUACGAUGGGGUCUUUAUAUGGAAGAUCUCAGACUUUGCCAGGAAGCGCCAGGAGGCUGUGGCUGGCCGUACACCUGCCAUCUUCUCCCCAGCCUUCUACACCAGCAGGUAUGGCUACAAGAUGUGUCUUCGAGUCUACCUGAACGGUGAUGGCACCGGGAGAGGAACACAUCUGUCUCUCUUCUUUGUGGUGAUGAAAGGCCCCAAUGAUGCCCUCCUGCGGUGGCCCUUCAACCAGAAGGUGACGUUGAUGCUGCUGGACCAGAACAACCGGGAGCACGUGAUAGAUGCCUUCAGGCCCGACAUAACCUCAUCCUCCUUCCAGAGGCCAGUCAGCGACAUGAACAUUGCCAGUGGCUGCCCCCUCUUCUGCCCUGUGUCCAAGAUGGAGGCCAAGAAUUCCUACGUGCGAGAUGAUGCCAUCUUCAUCAAGGCCAUUGUGGACCUGACUGGGCUGUAGCCACCCCUCAGCAGGUGCAGGAGCUCAGUGAGGAGCUGACACGCUGGUCAAGAGCCCUGCUGUGCAGGGCAGGCAGUCUGGGUGUAGGUGCUGGGGAGGCCUCAGCCUGCAGCCAUGCUCACUGUCACAUGAGGAAGGAGCUGUUUGCUAGUCCUCAGCUGGCAGAGACUGGAGAGACCCUGAUGGCUCACCCCAGAUCCCUGGUGGGAUUGGCCAGAGCUCUUCUGAUUCCCAUCAGAACUGCCCUCAUUGUUUUCUGUGCAGUGUAGGGAGAGUUCCUGGGUAGGGUGCCCAGAGGGGAGCUUCAGAGCUGUCUGAGCCGCAGGAGUGUGGUGGGUGGCCUGGUGCCUUUGGUGUAGUCAUCAGAAAGGAGGCGUGGUCUGCGCUGGGAGAAGGGCCUCUGUCUGCAGAGUGUGGCCCGGAAGAGAAAGGGUGCUCGGAACCCAGGUGCUCUUAGGACAGGAGCCCGUCUGUGCUGGCCAGGCUGAGAAGCGGUGUCUAGCCCCGCCCCGUGUUGGCUACACCAUCAGGCUGAGGAGAAAUCACUAUUAAACUGUUCAGACCUCU